GUUACGAGUUUACGUUCGGGUUUCGGCGUUACACGAGCGAUAACGGGGGCGUCAAUCGAAUCGAGAUUGGGAGAGGAUUCCGUACCGGGCCUGCCCUCUCUUUCCCUCUUUCUCGCUCUUUCUCUCUUUCUCUCUCAUACACAUUCUCUCUCUCUCUCUCUCUUUCUCUUUCAACCAUGGGCAACAGGUUUGAAUUUAUGGGACAAUAAAGAGUGCGUAGUGCGCGUGUCUCCCUUGCUCCUACUCUCAACGGUGCACUCUUUCUCUUUUUCUCUCUUUCUCUUUCUCUCUAUCUCUCUCUCUCUCUCUCUCUCUCUCUAUCUAUCUAUCUAUCUUUCUCUUUCUCUCUACCCUCUCACUCGUGCGCGCGAACAGUAGAGAAAAGAGAGAGAGAGAAGGAGAGGAACGACGGUGGAGACUAUCAAACUCUCAUAAAACUGUCAGGCACGGUCGCCGGGGCUGACUUAUGUGCGGCCCUUCUUCUUCUUCUUCUUCUUCUUCCUCUUCUUCUUCUUCUUCCUCUUCCUCUUCCUCAUCCUCAUCCUCAUCCUCAUCCUCAUCCUCAUCCUCAUCCUCAUCCUCAUUCUCAUCGUCAUCCUUGGCAUCGUCUUCGUUGGCCGUACGAAAUCAGCUGCUGUUGCGUGAAGUUACCUUCUCCCAAAGUGUCGUAAGGAUUACGAGCCUCCACCAAAAAGAAGGAUACUUCGGGAAGAGCCUAAGAGGAUACCAAAAGAAAGACACCGAUUCUUUCUCUCUCUUUCUCGUAGCAACGAACGAACCACCCCCUUUUUCGGGGUAAUCGCGGUAGGGGGCGCGCGCGCACGCGUUACCCCCUUUGCCGAGCAGGCGAAAGACUACUUGUCGGUGACGUCGCGCUAGGAAAGAGAGGAACUGCCAGAGAAGAGAGAGAGGGCUGCCCCCACCAGGGUCCUUGCUCGAGGGCUCCCGAAUAUCUCUCCAUUAGCCCCCCUCGUAGCGACGGCCAUCCCCUCUCCUCAACGAAAGCUCUCCUUCUUUCUCCUCCCUCUUUUCUCGACUCUCUCUCUCUCUCUCUCUCUAUCUCUAUCUCUCUUUCUCUGUUACUCUUUCACUCUCUCGUACGUUCACGCACCCCUCUCGGCUCUCGUCACGUCGACGUCGACGACGUCGGCCUGCGAGACGGGCACACGAGCGGCGCAGCGCCAGCAGCACCACCAGCAGCAACAUCAGCGGCAGCGGCGUCGGCUGCGGCGGCUUCGAGCCGACGGACGACGACGACGACGACGACGACCACGACAACUACUACUACUACCACAACGACGGUGAAGAGAGGAGAGAACGGGCUUGAAGAAUCCUUCGUCGCCGGCAGGAGAGACCAAUCAAGGUUUGACGAACGGCGCGGAUUGGUCGAAGCGCUCUCCUCUGACACGCAGAGAGCGCGGGCACGUGACAAGCUACCGCACACACCGGCCUCUGAAUCGCGGCGAGGCCUUCAGUACGAUACCAACCACCCUCCGCGCAUGCAACGGACCAUCUCCGCGAUCCUUAACAUCUUCUCUUUCUCUUUCUCUUUCUCCUUUUCUCUUUUUCUAUCCUCUUCCCUUUUUCUCUAUUUUUCUCUUAUCGUAUCACGUGUAAUAUUUUCUUCUUAAUCGUCAUCGAGGAUAAUCGUUUGACAGAAACAUUCCUCUCUUCGGAUAGAGAGACAUAGGAUAACGUGUAAGAGCUCUCGUAGUGCGACGCGAACGGGAGUUCUCUCUCUGGUGAACGCGACGAGGAAGAACAGUCCUUUCCGAUGGAGCGAACCAACGAGUUCGCUGUCACGUGCUACCACCGGCUGGAACCCCGAGUUCUCUCUAGGUAGACAGGUUCCGAAGAGAAAGAAAAAGAUAUAUAUAUAGAAAGAGAGAGAGAGAGAGAGAGAGAGAGAGAGAGAGAGAAAGAGAGAGAGAGAAAGAGAGAGAGAGAAAGAGAAAGAGAGAGGGACAGAGAGAAGUCGUAAAGAAGAAGAAGACAGUUUUAUUGGGGUAGGCCCACGUGACCCUUGUAAACAGAAGUUUCUUUGUCGUCGCGUUUUGUCGCGUAUAAACGGUGUUUACGUGAGAGAAAGGUGAAAGAUGAAGAUCAUUUUUAUCUAACAACCUUGUUAUUGAAAAAAGAAAAACAAACGGAAGCUACGAGAUUCUAAGGUUUGUGCGAAUCGUGAAUGUCGUUCAUAUCGGGACGUGCAAAGAGAUCGGUUCAGUGACGUCGAAGAGGGACGAAGAAAACAUCGAACGAUGAGUUCGUAUCAGUUCGUCAACUCGCUCGCGUCAUGUUACGCGGGCCAACAGCCUCAGCAGCAAAGGCCUACGCCUAAUUCACCCGGAGAACCGAUGCAGGCGGCAUCACCAGCUGGUGCUGAUUAUUACAAUCCGAAUGCAGCGGCAACGAGUUAUCCGGCACCAUGUUAUUCCCCUCAGCAACAUUAUCCGCAACAUCCGUAUGCGACUCCUGCAUCUGGAAUGCAACACACAGCACCAACCGGCAUGAUAGACUAUACGCAACUUCAACCUCAACCGAGGCUGAACGCCACGGCCACCUCGGCGCAACAUGGGAUGCAUCAGCAACCAUCUCAGCAUCAUCCUCAACAACAUCAUCCCCAGGCGCAACAACAGGCACAGCUUCACCAAGACCCAACGACACCCUUACUUCAAGCUGCUAACGCGCCCUCCGCGCCCUCAACAUCGAGCUGCAAGUACGCCGACUCGACUUCCUCCACCGGAGUAGCCUCGCCUCAGGACCUCUCGACCUCUACCUCGAGAAAUAGUCCCACACCCUUGGUAGCACCCGGCACGAGCAAAUCCGCGUCCGGUUUGACAUCUCCACCAGGAACCUCUUCGAGGUCCUCCGUCGCGGCGGCAUCCGCGGCUUCACCUCCGAGUGGAACGCCGAGAAACGUUGCCGAUGGAAAUUCUACGCUCACGACGGCAUCCUCAGCUUCCUCGCCAGCAUCCUCCACUUCAAGCACCUCUAGCACCGGAAAUAAUUCGUCGAAUAAGGUGAACCCUUCCGGUAGCAAUCCACCGCAGAUUUAUCCUUGGAUGAAAAGGGUUCACAUUGGACAGAGCACGGUAAAUGCGAAUGGCGAAACAAAACGACAGAGGACAUCUUAUACGAGGUAUCAAACUUUAGAGCUGGAAAAGGAGUUCCAUUUCAACCGCUACCUGACGAGGCGGCGUCGCAUUGAGAUCGCCCAUGCUCUUUGCCUGACCGAACGUCAGAUCAAGAUCUGGUUUCAAAACCGGCGGAUGAAGUGGAAGAAAGAACACAAGAUGGCGAGCAUGAAUAUCGUGCCGUACCACAUGUCGCCGUACGGACACCCUUACCAGUUCGCGCCGCACCCAGGCCAGUUCGCUCACUUGGCCACAUAGGACGAGUUCUCGCCCGCCGAGCUCGGAGCACACGCUGUCCGCUUUCCCGGGAUGUACGGCGAGCAGAACUUCUAAAAGGCUUUUCUCCGAUCGGACGCUUCACUUCCAGUAGGAUUCGCGAGCUGGACAUUCCGCGAUCGCGAUUGGCUUGCCUCGAAAUGUUUAUGUUCUCUUCUCAAAAACAUCUCUUUUCAAAUAUUACGAUUUUCCUUUUUAAAUAGAAAAACGUAAGAGAAAGAGAGAAAGAGAGAGAAAGAGGGAGAGAAAGAAGACUCGUUGGCUUGCCUGUUCGCGAAAGCGAUUACUAUGUCACAAAGCAACUAUUCGAAGUUGAAGGGAAGCCAAAAUUUUCUGCGAAUGUAGUGCCGUGCGCCCGAUUUAAGACUGGACGCGCUCCGAGGGACUCUCAACACAUGUGUAUAUAUAUAUA